GUGAUAGGAAGAGCCGACAUCGAAGGAUCAAAAAGCUACGUCGCUAUGAACGCUUGGCAGCCACAAGCCAGUUAUCCCUGUGGUAACUUUUCUGACACCUCUAGCUUGAAAUUCCCAAAGACGAGAGGAUCGAUAGGCCACGCUUUCGCGGUUUGUAUUCGUACUGAAAAUCAAAAUCAACCGAGCUUUUCCCCUUUCGGUCCACAUGAGAUUUCUGUUCUCAUUGAGCUCAAAAUCGGGCGCCUGCGUUAUUUUUUAACAGACGUGCCGCCCCAGCCAAACUCCCCA